UACACAGCAACUUGUAGUAGCAGUUUACAUAGCAGCUUACGUAACAGCUUCCACAACAGCUUCCUUUCUUCUAUAAAUAGAAGAGAUUUCAAUUCAUUAUGUACGUCAGUUUGAAAUUCGAAUAAUAUACCAGUUUCUCUCUAUACUUGUUUUUACUUCUCUCAAUUUUAAGUUAAUUGGGGUCGCUAACUAGUCAAAAUGUCUUCUUCAGCUCUUCCGUUAUGCAUCUUUCUUGUCCUUUUCUCUACAGCUUCUCCGGCCUUCGGCGGCAAGGAAUCCCAGUCUCCGUCGGUGUACGAGAUUCUACAGGAAUACGAUUUUCCGGUGGGACUACUCCCAAAAGGCGUCACAAGGUACGAAUUCAACAAAACCACUCGCAAUUUCGCCGUUUACUUGCACAAAACGUGCACUUUCAGCAUAGACGGUUACACUCUCAAGUACAUGAGUAAAGUUACUGGUAAAAUUUCCAAGGAUAGGGUGGCGAACUUGAAAGGUGUGCAGGUAAAACUGCUUUUGUUUUGGAUUAAUAUUGUGGAAGUUACUCGUGACGGUGACCAGCUUGAUUUCUCCGUCGGAAUUGCUUCUGCUGAUUUUCAUAUUGAUAACUUUUAUGAGUCUCCACAGUGUGGAUGUGGGUUUGAUUGUGUUAAUUCUGAAGAAAAGGGCUCUGGUGAGUUCAAUUUGAAGCAGCUUAUCUCUUCAUCUUGAAUAAUUAACGAAAAAAUCAGGAAUUUCAGAACGAAAUGGACCUAAGUUUGGUUCAUAGUAAGUACUCAUUUAGGUUGAAAUUAGAGGAACCGGAAGCUAAUUAUAAAUGGAUGCUCCAUUUUGUAUUCAGAUUCUCAGCUGGAAGCAUAUGCCUUUUAUUUCUUGGCUUUUUGCGAUGAUAUUAUUUUGUACCUUUACUUAUGGGAGUUGUAAUAAAAACAUGU